UCAUAGUUUUGUUGUCAAAAAUGGUGGAAAAGCAAAAGGCUUACAAAGACCACAUGGGUUUUAUUUCACUUUCCAACUCCUUCGCCCUUCUCUCUUCCUCCCAUAAUGGAAAAGUUCACAGACCACUGCGCUUCACUCUGCUCAUCAUCAUCGCCGCCGUCGUCGUCGUCGUCUUCUUCCAAACAAUCUCGUCUCAAUGUUGUCGUUGUUUCAACUCUUCUAGCUUCAAUUUGCUUUCUCAGUCUCCGAUUCUCACCUUCCUUCCUUAGUCUUCUUCUUCUUCUAAUCCCUUCGUUUUUCUUCCUCGCAAACAAAAAAUCCGAUUCCAGUCAAAUCUCGGACCGCAAUCCGCUUCUCAUCUCCACCGCUGGCCACCUGUUCGACGAAAAGCCUCAAAGAACAGUGGAAGAACUAUCCGCAGCACAAAUCGGAGAAGAGCUUUCUUCUGACGAUGAUAGUAGCAGCAAUGGCGGAUUUGAAAGUGGCGGAGAUUUCGAGUCCGAUCUCUGGAUGUGUUUGGACGAACUGGCUCGGAAUCUUCCGUUCUCUGACGAUUCGAGUUCCGAAGAUGACGAUAGCUUGAUCGAAAUUCCUCUUCUUCCGUACUCGGACGCGAUUCGAACGGAUUCGAACAGAGCAUUAGUUCGAAAUCUUGAGACGUGUUUGCCUGAUUUGUUACCGGAUUCUGUCCUGAAACAGAACGGAUUCGUGGAGCUUUUGGAAGAGAUCAACGAGGAAGAUAACUUGAUCGAGAUCGAUAUUUCCAGAGGCUUCAAUCGAGUUUCCACUGUUUGCAACUGAAGUAUGAAAAUCAGGGAUCGAGCAUUUGGAGUAAACUAGAAUGUUUUGAACGAGUCAUUUGAGCGAGAAUUUGGGAAGCUAAUUUAAACAACGCUCGUACUUAACCUCUCAAACCAUUCGACAUGCACGAGCAGAUCCUAAUGUCACUUUGGACGUCUCAACGCUACUGAUUUUUAGUUAACGUCAUGUUUAACGUUGGACAAUGUUUUGACACGGUUGGAUGCUCAAAUUACGAACAUUCAAGUUUUCGUUUGUAGUGUCUCGAUGAUGUCAUCUUUUUUAUAAUAUUUUUCUUAUUUGAAGAACAAUACCGAGAUUCGAACUAGCUUCACUAUUUCUACAAGUUAGAAUAGAACUAAUAGUUAUUU